CAAGGGUUUCAGUUUCCCUGAAGAAAAUUGAAAGGAGCUUAAUAAACAGAAGCCGUUCUCCUUCACUUUCGUUCCUCUCACUUCCAUACAACAUUUGAAACCUCAGCUAUGCCUAAAUCAAAGCGAGAUAGACCAGUGACUUUGUCUAAGACGAAGAAGAAAGGAAGAGAGCAUAAGGAGUGUAUUGUGAAUGGAAUUAGGGAGGCUGUUGAAAAAUAUUCCUCUGUCUAUGUUUUCUCUUUUGAAAACAUGAGAAAUAUCAAAUUCAAGGAGUUUAGGCAGCAGUUUAGGCACAAUGGAAAGUUCUUCCUAGGUUCGAACAAAGUGAUGCAGGUUGCUCUUGGUCGUUCUGCAGAAGAUGAACUCCGUUCUGGUAUCUACAAAGUCUCCAAGCUGCUUCGUGGUGAUACUGGACUUCUUGUUACUGAUAUGCCAAAGGAAGAAGUCGAAAGCUUAUUUAACGCUUAUGAGGAUUCCGACUUUUCAAGGACCGGAAGCAUUGCAGUAGAAACGGUUGAACUGAAGGAAGGUCCUCUAGAACAGUUCACACAUGAGAUGGAACCACUUCUUCGGAAGCUUGAAAUGCCUGUACGACUAAACAAAGGUACUGUGGAGUUGGUCGCUGACUUUGUAGUUUGUGAAGAAGGAAAACAACUUUCGCCAAAAUCAGCCCACAUUUUGCGUCUAUUGCGAAUGAAGAUGGCUACUUUCAAGCUGAACUUGCUCUGCAGAUGGAGCCCUAGUGACUUUGAGCUUUACAGAGAAGAUCUGUCAGAGCUUUACCGAGAAGAUCUCUCAGACGUUGAAACCUCUUAGGAAGCCAAGAUUUUGACUCCACCCUUUAAAUUUUUCUUAAUAUCAUCACUAUCACAUGGAUUUUAUAUUGUGGCACAUGGUUUGCAUUCAAAUGUUUUAAGUCAAAGUUUUGCUUGCUUUACAUGUUUUGUAGAAUAUCAACUUAUCUUCAAGAACCCCCUAUCCUAAUAUUGGCAAAUCAAUCUUGAAAACCUUGUUUUUCUUAUUCAGCCACAUUAUGGAAUUUCUUACUCAAUUUGCUUACUUUUUACAGAUUUAUAGAUGGUGUUGGGACCGAAUUAAUUGGCAUGCGUAUGAUAAUUUAAAGCAAGUUUUUCUUCUUGUCUUUAAAAUUAUUGUGGUCCAUGGGCUUGAGAGCAGUCCAACAACGUUCACACGUCGUCCAUCUCUUUUGAUAAUUUCUUGUUUUUUGUUUUUUUGUUUGUUUUUUAGCAAUCCGAAACUAUUGCGUUUGACUAGGUGAGCUUAGAGUUGUGAUGUUAGGGAUAGAAGCAGUUUUCUACGAAAGGGGUUGAAGAUACUAUGAGGCGAAUGCGGUUGAACAAAAUAGAACCCACCGGAGAUUUUGGUAAAAGAUUAAACGGAAAGGCGAUACUUCCAACUCCGACGUAACAAAUGUUUAGUUGUAG